CCAUCUCUCAAAAAGAAAACCAAACCCUCCAUUAUUAUUAUUUCUUCGUCUCUACAUAAGAAGAAGGAUCCAACAAAAUGGUUCUCUGAGAUUUCAAUCAAAAUCCAUUCUCUCCGUCAUGGCGCCGAGUAGACGGGAUUUACAGCUUACUCCCCUCUCCGGAGACACUGCUGCGGAGAUCGGUGCCAUGGAGGAAGUUCGUCUCCUCGAUUCCUAUGACGACGACGACAACGACGAUUCUCUGAGUAAGAUCGAGGAAGGAAGCGGCGGUUCCGGUUUACGGAAGAUUCAAGUGGGAAUAACCGGUAUGACUUGCGCCGCUUGUUCUAAUUCCGUCGAAGGUGCUUUGAUGAGCGUUAACGGCGUCUUCAAAGCCUCCGUCGCUUUAUUACAGAACAGAGCCGAUGUCCUCUUCGACCCUAACUUAGUCAAGGAAGAGGACAUUAAAGAGGCUAUAGAGGACGCUGGAUUUGAAGCCGAGAUUUUGGCUGAGCCUGUUACUUCUGGGACCAAGACGCAAGCUACUUUGGUGGGUCAGUUCACUAUUGGAGGCAUGACUUGUGCUGCUUGUGUUAACUCUGUUGAAGGUAUUCUAAGAGAUCUCCCUGGAGUGAAACGAGCUGUUGUGGCUUUAGCUACUUCGUUGGGAGAAGUUGAGUAUGAUCCUAACGUGAUCAGUAAAGAUGAUAUUGUGACUGCGAUUGAAGAUGCUGGCUUUGAGGGUUCUCUUGUGCAGAGUAAUCAGCAGGAUAAGCUCCUUUUGAGGGUUGAUGGUGUGUUGAACGAGCUUGAUGCUCAGGUUCUUGAAGGUAUACUUACUAGAUUGAAUGGGGUUAGGCAGUUUCGUCUUGACAGGAUAACGGGGGAGCUUGAGGUUGUGUUUGAUCCUGAGGUUGUGAGUUCGAGAUCUUUGGUUGAUGGGAUUGAAGGAGAAGGGUAUGGGAAGUUCAAGUUGCGUGUCAUGAGUCCUUACGAGAGGCUGACUUCUAAAGAUACUGGAGAGGCCUCAAACAUGUUUCGUCGUUUUAUCUCAAGUCUUUCUCUCAGUAUUCCACUCUUCUUCAUUCAAGUGAUCUGCCCCCACAUUGCUCUUUUUGACACCGUGCUGGUAUGGAGAUGUGGACCCUUCAUGGUUGGUGAUUGGUUGAAGUGGGCCUUGGUAAGUGUGAUUCAGUUUGUUAUUGGCAAGCGUUUCUAUGUUGCUGCAUGGAGAGCUCUUCGAAAUGGUUCAACUAACAUGGAUGUGCUGGUCGCUCUGGGCACGUCUGCGUCUUACUUCUACUCUGUUGGGGCUCUUUUAUAUGGGGCAGUCACUGGGUUUUGGUCACCAACUUACUUUGAUGCAAGUGCUAUGUUGAUAACAUUUGUCUUGCUGGGUAAAUAUUUGGAAUCUCUUGCAAAGGGGAAAACCUCAGAUGCUAUGAAGAAACUAGUACAACUUACUCCAGCAACAGCGAUUCUAAUCGAAGGCAAAGGUAGUUUAUCAUUGAAUUUCUCCUUAACAACAUCAACUAUUCAGCCUUUUUUUGAGGCUCAGUUCUUUCGUUUUGUAGGAGAAAGAGAGAUAGAUGCAUUACUGAUCCAUCCUGGUGAUUCAUUAAAAGUUCUACCUGGUGGGAAGAUCCCUGCAGAUGGUGUUGUGGUGUGGGGUUCAAGUUACGUCAACGAAAGUAUGGUGACUGGUGAAUCUGUUCCUGUAUCUAAAGAGGUUGAUUCACCAGUGAUCGGUGGUACCAUCAAUAUGCAUGGUGUUCUUCACAUCAAAGCUACAAAAGUGGGAUCUGAUGCAGUUCUGAGCCAGAUUAUUAGUUUGGUGGAGACAGCCCAAAUGUCCAAAGCUCCUAUCCAGAAAUUUGCAGACUAUGUUGCGAGUAUAUUUGUUCCGGUGGUGAUCACUUUGGCAUUGUUCACUUUAGUAGGCUGGUCAAUUGGUGGAGCUGUUGGAGCUUACCCAGACGAAUGGCUACCCCAAAACGGAACUCACUUUGUUUUCUCGCUUAUGUUCUCAAUAUCCGUUGUGGUAAUUGCUUGCCCUUGUGCACUCGGCUUGGCAACACCGACCGCUGUCAUGGUGGCAACAGGAGUUGGAGCAACCAAUGGUGUAUUGAUCAAAGGAGGUGAUGCAUUGGAGAAAGCUCACAAAGUGAAAUAUGUAAUUUUCGACAAGACAGGCACCUUAACGCAAGGGAAAGCUACCGUGACAACCGCUAAAGUCUUCUCGGAGAUGGACCGUGGAGAGUUCCUCACACUUGUUGCUUCCGCUGAGGCUAGUAGUGAACACCCGUUGGCAAAAGCUAUAGUUGAGUACGCUCGUCAUUUCCACUUCUUUGAUGAAUCUGCCGAGGACGGCGACACAAGUAACAAAGUCUCUCAAAACGCUGGAUGGUUACUGGACACAUCAGACUUCUCUGCCCUUCCUGGGAAAGGCAUUCAGUGCUUAGUAGACAACAAGCUGAUUCUGGUGGGAAACCGUAAACUUAUGUCAGAAAACUCCAUAACCAUCCCAGACCACGUCGAGAAGUUUGUUGAGGAGCUUGAAGAAAGCGCAAAGACAGGAGUCAUUGUAGCCUAUAGCGGCCAAUUAGUAGGGGUGAUGGGAGUAGCUGAUCCGCUAAAGCGAGAAGCUGCUGUAGUCGUGGAAGGUCUCCUUAGAAUGGGGGUUCGACCCAUUAUGGUUACAGGUGAUAACUGGAGAACAGCAAGAGCAGUCGCCAAAGAGGUUGGUAUCGAAGACGUGAGAGCGGAAGUAAUGCCAGCAGGAAAAGCUGAAGUGAUCCGUUCACUGCAAAAAGACGGAAGCACGGUGGCGAUGGUUGGAGAUGGAAUCAAUGACUCGCCGGCUCUAGCCGCUGCAGACGUGGGAAUGGCCAUUGGUGCAGGGACCGAUGUAGCAAUAGAAGCAGCUGAUUACGUUCUGAUGAGAAACAACUUAGAAGAUGUUAUUACAGCCAUCGAUCUCUCUCGCAAAACCUUAACACGAAUCAGGUUGAACUACGUUUUCGCCAUGGCUUACAACGUGGUGUCGAUACCGAUAGCAGCAGGAGUGUUCUUCCCGGUCCUGAGGGUGCAACUGCCGCCGUGGGCCGCAGGAGCGUGCAUGGCACUCUCUUCGGUGAGUGUUGUUUGCUCGUCUUUGCUUCUUAGAAGAUACAAGAAGCCGAGACUUACCACUAUUUUGGAGAUCACCAAGGAGUAAAAGUCUUUUUCUUUUUUUUUUUCUUUCUUAAUUUGAGUGAUUUACUUUUGUUUUGGUUUGUUGUUUGUAAUCAUGUAACGACGAUAAAAAUGGGUCUUGCGAUGUUUCUCGGCCUUCGUUGUAAAAAAUGGCGUCCUUUCUUGUGAUCGAUUGAUGUACAAUGGCAAAUUAGUUAAUUUUUAUUUCUCCUA